AUGGUGUCGUCAAUAUCACGGUCUAUACCUUCACCUGCUCCCAGGGCUCCGCCGCCGCAUUACCAGACAUUCCUUACUCCCAUCCUGCAUCGACGCUUUGUCCGAUCGUGCGCAGUUGGCAUCAUUGUAUGCUAUGUAGAGGCUUUCUUCAUAAGUAAUAAAUCGAGCUUCUUAUGGACACUAUUUCCAUUGAGCUCGACUGGGUUCAAGACUCUAGUCCUUUUCUUCUGCACGGCAGUGCCGGUUCUUAUCCUCCGCGUCUCUCAACUUCAUGUCGGUGUACGCGCCAAUCCUUCGGGGUUUCACACAUUUAAGAGGAGUGUGGGCUCAUUCGGAACAUAUUCUACAAUCCUAACAUAUGUUUUUGCAUCGCUGGUCUUUAUCUCACUCUAUCUUUUGUCUUCAACAAAGGGCGACAAGUUGAGCUUCAUUGUGGAUGGAAAGACCUAUGAACGCCCCCGAUUGAACGAGCGCUUUAUUUAUUUGGUAUAUAGCGCUUCACACGUUGGCCUUGUACAGGGAAUUCUUCAUAUUUACCGUGACCGGGGAAGGUUGGAAUUUCCAGAUGUCAAUGUCCCUCCAAAUGAAGCUUUGAAGGCGCGUAUCCCAGUUAUCGUAAAGGAUGCCCUUACUCUCGCUCUUAUCACCCUAACGUUUUUCUGGCUUAACCGUUCCAGCAGUGUCCCGUCAUGGCCGAUCGAUACGAUCUUCAGAAAUCUUUGGGUCGCUUUUCUACUUGGAUGUAUCUGGGAAUCGGUCCACACUGCUUUCAGUAUCUACUUCUCCGAGGAGCCAAUCAAGGAUGGGAAGGCCAUCAGUGAGAAAUCACCAGAUCCAAACGGCACAUUAGUAUCUGGUCUGAGAGCAACCGGCCUCCUGACGCAGGUUAUGGCAUUCUCGGAGCUGGUUUUCAUCUCUCAUAAUUCGCCCGCGAGGAGGAAGUCCAUAUUUACAGACGUUGAUAGAAAGCCGACAAACAUCUGGGAACAGAUCAUGAAGGAAUGCCUUGUGGUGAUUGAAGAUGUGGAUUCGAAAUUGACCGGGGUUGGGAGGGCAGCUAAUGGUCCACUCCCAAAGAUUGCAUCCACCCAUAGCACCGCGCUAGCCCUCAAAUCCCCCUCACCAGCAAUCCAGUUCAUUGCCGGCGAUACAGCACUUCUCACUUCUCCCUCUACUUCUUCUGGCAAACUCCUAGACUUAAUCCAAUCUAAAGACAGUGCCAAUUCUAGUCUCAGUAACAUCAUAAGAAAACUGCCGCCGUCCAUGGCCGAAGCUGAAGCUAGCGUUACUGGUAGUUUCAAAUCAAGGAUCGAACCAUUUCUAGCAUCUCCAUAUGGCCAACCAUUCCGCCAAACUAUUCAGCAGCGAACUUCAAUUCUCAUGCCCAAUGUACGCAUCCAAGUUAAUGCCGUUUCGUCGCUCGCCCGCCUAGUCACUGCCUCUUUGUCUGAGGACGACUAUGGUGUUGUACAAAAACAUGUCCCGCUAAUCCUACAAGCAUUCUCGUCGACUAUCGAGGCUCUCGAUCGAUACAUGGCGAGCCCACCCAUACACUGGACUGAUAUCGAAGCCAAGAGUGAUCCCAAGUCGUUAACUCUGAGGGAGCCAGAGAUGCUCCUGAAGGCAUUGGAAGGCGGGUUAAGAGAUAUUGCGGUGGCUUUUAAGCCGUAUGUGAAGGACAUGGAAUUAUCGGCGGAAGUGAAAAGAAGGGUUUUGGAAGCUAAAGAGGAGGCGCUGCUAUAA